CUUUCCCCAUCAGUGAGCGCCAGACGCGGGCCCCGGGCGGCCCUCUCUCUCUCUGCGGUCAGUGCGGCGCCGGCGGCCGCCAUGCAUUUCUCCAUCCCCGAGACCGAGGUGCAGAGCGGAGACAACGGCUCUACGUACGUGGCUUACAAUAUCCACGUGAAUGGGGUACUGCACUGUCGAGUUCGAUUCAGUCAACUGUAUGGACUGCAUGAACAGUUGAGAAAAGAAUAUGGGAACCAUGUACUUCCGCACUUUCCUCCUAAAAAGAUUUUCACUCUCACGUCUACAGAGGUCGAACAGCGCAGAGAGCAGUUGGAGAAAUAUAUUCAGAGCGUACGGCAAGAUUCUGUACUCGGUGGAAGUGAGACAUUCAAUAGUUUUCUCAGAAAAGCGCAACAGGAGACUCAGCAGAUUCCAACACAGGAAGUACAGCUGGAAGUAUAUCUGUCCAAUGGACAGAAAGUAAAAGUCAAUAUUUUCAGCUCCGACCAGACUGAAGAUGUGCUGGAGGCAGUUGCUGCUAAACUGGACCUUCCUGAUGAACUUGUUGGGUACUUCAGCCUUUUUCUGAUCCGAGAAGGAGGUGAUGGUAAUUGUUCCUUUGUGCGAAAGCUGCAGGAGUUUGAGCUGCCUUAUGUAUCUGUCAGUAGCUUGAAGAAUUCAGAGUACAAAAUCGUGCUGCGAAAAAGCUACUGGGAUUCUAUGUAUGACAAUGAUAUCAUGGAAAAUAGAGUUGGGUUGAACUUACUAUAUGUGCAGACUGUUUCUGAUAUUGAACGAGGGUGGAUCCUUGUGAACAAGGAGCAGCAUCGACAGCUGAAAUCACUUCAAGAAAAAGGUUCAAAGAAAGAGUUCAUUGGAUUGGCACAAACGCUGAAGUAUUAUGGAUACAUCAAGUUUGAUCCUUGCAUCACAGAUUUUCCAGAUAAAGGCUGUCAUGUAAUAGUCAGUGCUGGCAACAAUGAACUAAAUUUUCAUGUCAAGUUACCCAACGAUCAAGUCAAAGAAGGCAGUUUCAAGGUCACUCGCAUGAGGUGCUGGCGUGUUACUUCCUCGGUUCCAUUGACAAACAGCCCAGGAAAGACUGAAACAAAACUAGAGUUAGCUUUUGAAUAUUUGAUGAGUAAAGACCGUCUCCAGUGGGUAACAAUUUGCAGCUCACAGGCAAUAAUGAUGAGCAUUUCUUUGCAAGCGAUGGUGGAUGAACUGAUGGUGAAAAAAUCGGGUGGCAGCAUAAAGAAGAUGUCAAAGAAGCGUAUGAAUGGAGCCCUACGUCGAUCAGACAGUCAGCAAGCUGUGAAAUCUCCUCCACUACUAGAUUCUCCUGAUUCGAGCAGAGAACCUAUUUUAAAACUCUCAAGUAAGCUUUCUUCUGUCAGCAUACGAGGAAUCAGCACUUCGAAUUCCUCCAAUGACAUCAGUGCAAAUGACUUCCAUGUCUCUUAAUAGAGUAUCAUCCUGCUCCAGUCACGCAUCUAAGCAAUACGUCAUUUAGAGAAGAUAUUCUGGUAACCUGUUAGUUAUUAAUUAACUUUCAGAUAAAGAAAUAGCAUGCUUGAAUUCUUUAAUGCAAGGGAAUGUGUCAAGAUUAUUCUCUUGUCGCUAAUAUUGCAUGACAUUGGAGAAUUGAAAAAUGAAUGAAAUAUUCUGCAAUUGGAAAUGAAAGAAUUUAGUCCAUGGAGUCCCCUGGAAACAUUGCAGGCUAUGAUUGCUUUCAGUUUACUUUGAAAUGCUGAUGAAAAGGCAUUAAAGAUAACAUAUUUACUUUUGGAGUCCAUUGCAUAGCGUUUCACUACUUUUCCUGGCAUUUUUGUUAUCAGCAACAGCUUUGAGGUCACAGUAAGCCAAUCAGAGUUUCAGUAAGAUGCAUAGUGUUUCUUUUGUUUCCAUCUGCAAUUUUCACAGCGGGAUGUCUGAAAGCGUGGUGAUUCUGAUGGAUUUUUGCCAGAUGUAGUUUCUUUGUAUUCUUUGAACUGGCUGGGUCUUCUUUAAUGAGUCUCAUACUGUCCCAAUACUUGUGUAUGAAUUUUGCUGCCUUGAGCUAGGAAAAUGAACGUGAUGACAAAACACAUAGAUGCAUGGAAUUCUGAUAGGUUCAGUUUAUUAAUCACAGACUGAAAAAUGCUAGCUUCUACUUAUUUGCAUGCUUAAAUAUCUCAAAUGGACCACAACCAUUGAUAUCAUGGACUUCAUCGAUUGCAUGAUUAAUGGCUUGAUGCAAGAGAUGGGCAAUAUAUGGAAUAUUCAACAGGCGGUGAUGCAUCUUGUGCAGGUCCUUUAAUAAGCGUGUGUGUGUGUAUAUUGCAGAAUCACUUGAUUGUCGAACAGUUUUCUCCAGCCACUCGGUACUCUAGACAUUUUGAAUUGUAUAGGAAUGAUGCCUGCAUUACAUUGAAAAAUAGAUUUCAACUAGCUGAUUCAACAUUGAUUUAUUCCACUGUAAACCAGUGCAAUGAUGUUUUAUUGUUUGCCUUCCAAUCUCAGCUCUCAAUCAAUUACUAAAGAUAAUAUCUUAUCUCUCAAGAGAUAGUGUGUCAGCUCUGCUCAGCGGUAGCAUUCUCUCCUCUGAGUCAGAAGAUUGUGGAUUCAAGUCCCAUGGUGGGACUUGAACUCACGUAGUGUAAACUGACACUAAAUGCACUGCUGGGGUGUGUUCCUUUGUCUAAGAUGUUGUCCUUUGGAUGCGAUGUUAAACUGAGACCCUGCCUGCCUGCUCAGGUGGAAAUUAAAGAUCCCACAGCACUAUGGAAGUUUUGCAUUUAUCAAUCUAUUGAAUCCAGGCAAGCCUCAUAUUAAAAUGAUCAGUCUUCCUUAGCGAUUGCCUAUCACUAUUGCAUACAAACUGUACUUUAUUUAUAUGCAUUUUGUAACUGAAGCCAUUCCUUGUGUAACAAAGUCUGUUCAUUUUUAUAAUUUUUCUAAAAUUUGCAUAAGUUCUUUUAGGAUUCUGUAUCAAAGGCUUGAGUUCAAGUGUUACCCUUUGAUGGGAUUAUCCAUAAACUAAAUCCAACUUUAUGAAUUAUAGCCCAUGAACAUUGUUUAGGAAGUAAGAAAGCAUAUUGAAAAGUCAGAUCUCUUGCUGUCUUGAGCAAAUAAAAACAAACCUAUGCUAAUUUGUAGCAAAUGUUUUGUUGUGACUGUUUCACAAUGCCAUACAGCACAAUUAGGCAAACUACUUUAUGUAUAAUUCUUGUAUUGAUGUUGUACUCGCUAAUUUCGAAAGUCUUACAUAGAAAAACAAUUUUUGCGUUUCCCAAAGUAACAGAAUAUAUAUAUAUAUAUACACACAUACACAUUUACUUGAACUAUUUUUAUCUGUUAGGUGAGAUAUUUACAUCUAAUCCAGUGCAAUUCCAGACAAGCACUCGUACACUUCUGACAAACCUUACAGCUAUUACUGGAAGUGAAUGUUUACUGUGAGAAUUUUAGAAUUCCUUAAGGACCCUUAAUAUACCGCAUGCUGUAACAUAUGCUGUUUUACCUUACAGUUUAUAACAAGCUGAUUAUUAUUUUUGUAUUUUAGGAUGUAUAAGUUCUUUAAGUGCUAAUUACCAUAAAUGAUAAUAUUUUGGCUAAAUAUAUUUUGUCCAAUAACAUACCUAUUAUAGUGUGUGCAUUACUCAUGUGCAUACAAAUCUCAGUAUCGGAGCUGAAAAUUCCAGAUAUUUGUCUUGUUUGUACUUGGUAGUCUUGACUGCAUCCCUCUGCCAGAAUUCAGGUAUCCCUUUAUAACUUUGAUUAUUUAAGUACUGAAAAUGUUGUUAAUUUUCAACUAUGGUGUAUCUACUGUUUACUGAAUUCAUUAAGAGAUGGUUCCUAUUGACCUAAAAAGGUCUAUUCACAUAAAACAAUUAGAAACUAGUUGCUUUCUUUAAAAUUAAGUGGCAUCUGACUUGAUAGCAGCCUCAUAUGUUGUCCAUGAUAAUGAUGCAAACUGAAUAUUGAGUCAUUGUCUACAAUUAACCUAAAACAUUUGUUGUUAAUAUUAACACUAUAACCAUUUUAUUAUUCAAAUCUGUAGAUCAAAAAUAAAAUUGAUUAGUAAUUUUGUUUAGGGGGCGGAUAUUUAAAAAUCUGUUUCCUACUGGCAAGUUGAACUCUGUUUAUUAGUAUUUUGGUAUUUGCAGUCUCAACCUAUUAAGUCAACCAGAUGUGAAUUGUUAAUGUAUUGUGGAUACCAAAUAUUGGAAGCACUUUAGUGGAGAUUGACAUUUAUAAUUAAUGUUCUUUAAACAUUUUAUUCAUCUUAACUUUGUCUAAACUGAGACCUCUUAACAGAAUAGUGGUUUAAAUGGGACCAUUUUCCUGCCACUAAGUUGGAUGAAGUUUAACAAGAAAACUGAAAAGACCUGUAGAAAGAGUUUUGUAAGAUCUAUUAAGAGUUUGUCCAGGAAACCUAGUAUAAUUUUCCUAUUUCAAAUGUACAGGUACUGAUGUUUUCAUGAUGUUGAAUGAUGCCGUCUAACAUGAACAUCAGAGUAAUUAGACUUUUCAGAUUGGUUCCACAACUGAAAUGAAUGCACCAGUGAGAUUCAGUUUCCGAGCUCAAUAACUGGCUACAAUUUGGCCUUCCAUUUUAUUUAGGAAGGUAUUGGUAAUGGAUGCAUAUUUUUAAAGAAUUCAAGUUCUUGCUAUAAAAAUGGUGUGACCUUUAACAAAGUAGUCUUAACCUUUUACUGGAGCAAAGUACGAGUUGAAGUAUUCAAAGGUUUUCAGGAUUCAACUUAGUAGCCUAUUGCAUACAGAUGCAUAUACAUUCAAAAUAGGUAUGCUAUAAAGACCAUUCUGUUUUGGGCGGGUCUUUACAUUUUUCACCUGUGUGAUCCUGAAAGCUUCUGUAUUUUAGAUACUAAGUUGAAAUAAAUGGUAUUGCACUACUUACUUUGUUUAACCUUCAUGCUGUAAGACUAACUGCAACCUACGUUAAUGAUUUAUCUCAUCUGUCCAACAAUUGCUAAUGCACCUUAAUAUUUCUGUGCAACACUAAUUGCCCAGUAGUUCUGUAUUAGGGAUUUGUUUUUCUUUAUGUAGCUGUGCCAGCAGAAAUACAGUAUCAUGAAUCAGCAAACUCAAAUUUGUAUAAAAAAGCUUGAAUUGUGUAAUAUGCAAAUAAACUAUUUUCAUAAUGUGAAAAAA